AAUGAGCCCGUCUAAGUAGAAGAGACCAGGACACGCGCUGACCACAGCAAUGCCUCAGAUGACCAACAGACGACUGGUCAGCCAGAUGACGGCCACACCAGUGGGGAAAGGGUCAGUGUACACGUCGAUGCUUAAGUCCUGUGCUCUCAACAUGGCGAGGGUGGCCAAGAUUAACAGCAGUGAGGAUCAGAGACUGCAAAAGGUGACCAAAGUCCUAGAGAAAGACGUCAACUACUCUCACUGGAGGUCAACUCAGGAGAUGGACAAGACCCGCCAGUCUCUCAGACGUCUGCACGCCUUCCAGGAAGUGCUCAGGGACGAGUAUCCCGCCAAAAACUUCGUUAAGCCGAACAAACGUCAAACAAAUUCAGACGGUGUUUGGUGUAGCAUCAAAGACAGUAGAUCCGACCAGGCUAGUCUGAGAUCUAUCGACAUGCGAAGUGGAGCUGCAGACGGAGAUGAUUAUUCUCAGCGAGCUUCAAUUACUGAAAGUAAUGUUCCUUUAUAUUCUCUUACAGUGAAGCAGAAAGCAUCCGAACAGAUCCCAAAAGAAGAUCAAAUGAGAUCUGCAGACACAGUAAAACGGACUCAAAAAGGACUCGAACGUUCUCUAAAAGGAAAGCAAAAGACAUACAAAUACGGUUCAGCUGUGAUGUGUGAGAAAUCGAAACAUGACCUCAGAGGAACCCUUAAAGCAUCGGAACCCGUCUUAAACGAAGAGUGCAGAACCUCUGGGAACGCCAUGAGAAAGAAACAGACACCACAACGCACUCUGAGUGGGCAACUAAAUAAGAACCAAAGUGACCUCACAGACAACAACGUCGUAGACGUCAGACGUCCAACAAAGGGCACAGAUCAGACACUGCUAAACCGUCAGUCGCGAUCGACGGCAAGGGUUCGAUUCCUUGACGAGACGCCGGAAAACGCAUUGUCAAACACACCACUCACAAGCCGAACUACGAAAAGUAUAUCCAUAGGAGACCAUUCAAAGCAAGAAAAAAGUACUAUAAUCAAGUUCACCCCAACAGACGUGGAUACAUCGAAUGCGGUCAAAGACAACGCUGCAACUAAAACGUGUCGAAAAGAUGGAGAAAAACAAAAUAUUCAUCCUAAUAUAAUACGUGUGAAAAGUGAUAAAUUUCAACCUACACGAGUCACAAGACACACAGACGUCACAAGUACUCACCAUGAGCCGAUGACGUCCCCACAAAGCAAAGACAAGGAAAGUGAUAAAUCGUCGUCAGGAGAAGGUUCCGAUACAUAUUGUUCUGACUCAUGUAAAGGAAAUAAAAAGAACAAUAAUAUCCUUCCUGCCUACGUCUAUUCCAUGGGCUUCUCCGACGCGAGAAUCCGGGAGCUGGAAGGGAAGAGACUUGUUCGAAAGGAAAAGGUAAUCCAAAAGAUUUACAGUCGCGGGUUCGACAUGAAGACUUUGAGGGCGGAGAUAGAGAGGAAGCUCAGGUCAGGGGACCCUGUGAGACUGCGCAGACUAGAGACACAGAGGUUGUUGGGACAGAGCCGAGAGACAGCUGAGAGGGCUAUAGCUUGCAGUAAAGCAAACUUCAGCGAGGAAUCCAAGACACCACCAAAGGAUAUGACGUCAUUUCACACGACCGCUGACUUGGAAGCAGAAGAUCUGAAAAAAAGUGAAAUUAUAAGCAGUCACAAGCUCUGA